CCUGGCGACACGCAACACUUCAACACUUGCCCCCAACGCCUUAAAAACAGCACGCCGUUCUCUCCUCGGCCACCCUUUGCGAUUCCCCGCGCAUCUGUUCGCUGCUGCACUCGCAUCACCGUGCCGCCACCAUGGACGCCCCCGAGCCUGAUACCCCUUUCUCGGCUGUCACGGCGCAGACGACAAAGUACGGAAGGAUAUUCCAAGCCUACCUUGAUAAAUCGACACCCUUCACCACAUACCGAUGGGUCGGUACCGGUGUCCUGUUUGUGCUCUUCGCAUUACGAAUUUUCAUUGCGGAGGGGUGGUACAUCGUCGCAUAUUCACUCGGCAUUUACCUUCUAAAUCUCUUCCUUGCUUUCAUUUCGCCCAAGUUCGACCCUUCGCUGGAGCAGGAUGAGGGCAUGGAGGACGGCAACGCAGGAGGUCUGCCUACCAAGGCGGACGAUGAGUUCCGGCCAUUCGUGCGCCGCCUGCCAGAGUUCAAGUUCUGGUACUCGACCACCAAGGCUAUCUCCAUUGGCUUCCUGUGCAGUUGGUUCGAGGUCUUCAACCUGCCUGUAUUCUGGCCGGUUCUCGUGGUCUACUGGCUGAUCCUGUUUGGCUUGACCAUGCGCCGGCAAAUCCAGCACAUGAUCAAGUACCGCUACGUUCCCUUCACUGUCGGCAAGACGCGCUACCCCGGCGCCGCGAAAUAAGGCCCGCUUCUUUCUCCGCCCACUUUUAUUCACGUUCGAGGAUACUACGGCCGAGGAUACUACGGCUUGGAUGAACCUUGGACAACCAUCUUUGUAAAACAAUAGACUUGUUGUCGUUUCUAUGCAUUGGCGACACUUGCUCGCUCUAGGGAUGAAAUGGACGGGUUGGGAGGCCAGAAAGAAGGUGUCUAGGAUGAAAAUGCAUGAUGCAUGGCUGGACUUGAUUGUACGCGUAUUUUUAGGGGCACGUGCAAGUGGUUCUAUAUAUUUAACUCGGGGUAGACGGAAAAGAGAAUUCAAUUCGUCAUGUCACAUUAUUGUAUGUGGUCUUGUAAUGGAGAACGCGGUGGGUUUGAGAACUUAUCUUGGAGAAUCUCGGAAUGGUCUAUUCCAAAUUUCGCAAUGACAUGUUGAUCUCCACUAUUGGGCCUAGGUGUACGAAGCUGUCUACAAAUACCACAGAACAAUGUCUCGGAAAGACUUUUUAAC